AUGAAUUGGGUUUGGGAUUGGGAUUUGAUGCAGUAUUUGGAUUUGGAAUGGGGUUUAUGGAUCAUCGUAGUUGUUCUCUCUCGGCUUUAUUUUUAUAAGAUAUAUCCAAUGCUCAUAGUUGUUGUAAAUUUAUGUUUCAUUUUCGGAGUUUUCAUAAAGGAGCUUUCGAAAUGGGCCAUGAACAAGAGCUUAGACGUGAAGGCAUCUCUAUAUAAGCCAAUUAUAGCCACCUGUACGUGUCCAUUAACUAAGGAAUUAAUAUGGAAAUUCCCAUUAGCUAUUUAUGUAUAUAUCAAUAUCUGUGGUUUAUGA